CUUGAUAGGAUGGAGAAAAAUCUUAGCUACGAGCUAUAGGUUAUCCCACCAGAGCCAGUGGGAGGGAAACCAAAUAAACCUGGACUGAGGCUGGGACUAGCCUUCCUGUUUCUGGAAUAGAUGGCAACCCCUUGCCCACCAGGCUGCCUGUCCACGUCAGAGACACACAGACUCCUUCCCUUUCCAGACUGGAAAGUCCCUUCCUGGGAUAGCAGGAAGGAAGCAACUCGUCCAGUCCUGGACCUUGGGCUGAGCCUACAGUUCAAGAAGGCUCUAGAUGAAUUGUAUUGGGUGCAACCCCACCCGGAGGCUGCGGGCCUGGGGGGGCCUAGCUGGAGGUGCAACACUCACGGUAAUCUGGCUUGUCUGGCUGCUUGGAUCAGCUCCUGGGGAUGCCCCAGUGCCUCAGCCCACACUCACCAUCCUUAUCUGGCACUGGCCUUUCACCAAUCAGCCACCAGAGCUGCCUGGUGACACCUGCACUCACUAUGGCAUGGCCAGCUGCCGUCUGAGUGUUAACCGGAGCCUGCUAGCCAGUGCUGAUGCUGUGGUCUUCCACCACCGUGAGCUUGAGACCCGGCGAUCUCGCCUGCCCCUGAUCCAGAGGCCGCAUGGACAGCCCUGGGUCUGGGCCUCCAUGGAAUCCCCCAGUAAUACCCAUGGUCUCCAUCACUUCAGGGGCAUCUUCAACUGGGUGCUGAGCUAUCGGCGUGAUUCAGAUAUCUUUGUACCCUAUGGUCGCUUGGAGCCCCUCUCUGAGCCUACACCCCCACUACCGGCCAAAAACAGGAUGGCUGCCUGGGUGAUCAGCAAUUUCCAGGAGCGGCAGCAGCGUGCAAAGCUGUACCGACAGCUGGCACCUCAUCUGCCGGUGGAUGUGUUUGGACACGCCAGCGGGCGGCCCCUGUGCGAUAACUGUCUGCUGCCCACUGUGGCCCGGUACCGCUUCUACCUGUCCUUUGAGAACUCACAGCAUCGGGACUACAUCACUGAGAAGUUCUGGCGCAAUGCACUGGCCGCUGGUGCUGUGCCUGUGGUACUGGGACCUCCUCGGGCCACCUACGAGGCUUUUGUGCCACCUGACGCCUUUGUACACGUGGAUGACUUCAGCUCUGCCCGUGAACUGGCCAGCUUUCUUGUCAGCAUGAAUGAGAGUCGCUAUCGUGGCUUCUUUGCUUGGCGGGAGCAGUUCCAUGUGCGCCUCCUGGAUGACUGGAGGGAGCGCUUCUGCAGUAUCUGUGCCCGAUACUCUCACUUGCCCCGAAACCAGGUAUAUGAAGACCUUGAAAGCUGGUUCCAGGCUUGAACUCCUGCUGCUGAGAGAGAGAGUGUGGGUGGAAGACUGAUAUUGAAACCGAAGAGCUAGGCAUCCAGGCUUUUGGGUCACCAUGGGAUUAACCCCAGGCUUAGGUCAGUGAACAGGAAGUCAGGCUAUGAGGAGAAGACUGGACUGAGAAGUCAUAUGAAUGAGGACUCUGGUGGGCUUUGGAGUAGGGAUCCAGGGCAAGAGACAAGUAACUGAUAAGGAGCAUAUGGUAAAAGCUAGUCAAAAGGGAAAGGUGGCUGAGGGUCCCUGACUUACCUUGAACAUGCCCAUGGCUGAAGGCUCAGAUGAAAAAGGGAGGCAGCAUCUCUGGAACUGGGACAAGCACAGAAUCCUAAACCUCCACAAUCAAGGUGCUUAGCCUCAAGGAUACAGGUGCAGGUUCUAAAACUCUGGGUGCAAACUGUAUGCUGGGCCAGGGGGUUGUGGAAGGACCAUGUGGAUGAUCUGGGCUUUUGACACCACAGUCCCCUCAGGGGAAGAGGCACCACUAAUAAAGACACUGACAGAAA